ACUAGCCCGCCCCGGGACCGUGCAAAAUGAGGCCGGAGUCCCUGCUACGGAUGCUGUGGCUGUUGCUCGUCCUGCCCGGAGACCUGGGGGGCCAAGGGUGUCCAUCUCCUCCGUGCCAGUGCCACCAGGAGGACGACGUCAGAGUCACUUGCAAGGAUAUCCACCGCAUCCCCAGUCUCCCGCCCAGUACCCAGACGCUGAAACUCAUCGAGACUCGCCUGAAAACCAUUCCCAGCAGUGCGUUUUCAAAUCUGCCCAAUAUUUCCAGAAUCUACUUAUCUAUAGAUGCAACUCUGCAGCGUCUGGACUCGCAUUCCUUCUACAACUUGAGUAAAAUGACUCACCUAGAAAUACGGAACACCAGGAGCUUAACUUACAUAGACCCCGAUGCCCUGGAAGAGCUCCCCCUCCUGAAGUUCCUUGGCAUUUUCAACACUGGACUUAGAGUGUUCCCUGAUCUGACCAAAGUUUACUCCACGGAUGUCUUCUUUAUUCUUGAAAUCACAGACAACCCGUACAUGACCUCAGUCCCUGUGAAUGCAUUUCAGGGGCUGUGCAAUGAAACCCUGACGCUGAAAUUAUACAGCAAUGGCUUCACUUCGAUCCAAGGACAUGCCUUUAAUGGGACAAAGCUGGAUGCUGUUGCCUGUGGUCACCCCCCUGGAGGAGGUUCUCAGCUAGCAGUGAGAGCAGCACUCAUAUUUAACCCACCACCUUCCCCGCAAUGUUUCCUGGGUCCUCACAGUUACCUGAAUAAGAAUAAACACCUGACAGCGAUUGACAAAGAUGCCUUUGGAGGAGUAGUCAGUGGACCAACUUUACUAGAUGUGUCUCACACCAGUGUCACUUCCCUGCCAUCCAAGGGCCUGGAACACCUGAGGGAACUGAUAGCAAAGAACACAUGGUCUCUGAAGAAACUUCCACUUCCCUUGAGUUUCCUUCACCUCACACGAGCUGACCUUUCGUAUCCGAGCCACUGCUGUGCCUUUAAGAAUCAGAAGAAAAUCCGAGGAGUCCUGGAGUCCUUAAUGUGUAACGAGAGCAGUAUCCGGAGCCUACGCCGAAGAGAGUCUGUCAAUGCCUUGAAUGCCCCUGUCUAUCAGGACUAUGAAGAUGAUCUGGGAGGCAACAGUGUCAGCUACAAGCAAAGCUCCAAGUUCCAGGAUGCCCCCGGUGGCUCUCACGAUUAUAUCUUCUUUGAAGAACAAGAGGAUGACAUCGUCGGUUUCGGCCAGGAACUCAAAAAUCCGCAGGAAGAGACGCUCCAGGCCUUUGACAGCCACUAUGAUUACACCGUGUGCGGAGAUAAUGAAGACAUGGUGUGUACCCCGAAGCCAGACGAGUUCAACCCAUGUGAGGACAUCAUGGGCUACAAGUUCCUGAGAAUCGUGGUGUGGCUGGUCAGCCUGCUGGCUCUCCUGGGCAACACCUUUGUCCUGUUCAUUCUCCUCACCAGUCACUACAAGCUGACGGUGCCCCGCUUUCUUAUGUGCAACCUGGCCUUCGCGGAUCUCUGCAUGGGGAUAUACCUCCUGCUCAUCGCCUCCGUAGACCUGUACACACACUCUGAGUACUACAACCAUGCCAUUGACUGGCAGACAGGCCCUGGGUGCAACACGGCCGGAUUCUUCACCGUCUUUGCCAGCGAGUUGUCAGUGUACACACUGACCGUCGUCACCCUGGAGCGGUGGUACGCCAUCACCUUCGCCAUGCGCCUGGACCGCAAGCUUCGCCUCCGACAUGCCUACACCGUCAUGGCUGGAGGCUGGCUUUGCUGUUUCCUCCUUGCCCUGCUUCCUUUGAUGGGAAUAAGCAGCUAUGCCAAGGUUAGCAUCUGCCUCCCAAUGGAUACCGACACCCCUCUUGCUCUGGCCUACAUUGUCUUUGUCCUUCUGCUCAAUGUGGUUGCCUUCAUCAUUGUGUGCUCCUGUUACGUGAAGAUCUACAUCACUGUCCGAAAUCCCCAGUAUAACCCACGGGACAAAGACACCAAAAUCGCCAAGCGGAUGGCGGUGUUGAUCUUCACUGACUUCAUGUGCAUGGCCCCAAUCUCAUUCUACGCCUUGUCGGCACUUAUGAACAAGCCUCUCAUCACUGUCAGCAACUCCAAAAUCUUGCUGGUUCUCUUCUACCCCCUUAACUCCUGUGCCAACCCAUUCCUCUACGCUAUUUUCACCAAGGCCUUCCAGAGGGAUGUGUUCACCCUACUCAGCAAGGUUGGCAUCUGUAAACGCCAGGCUCAAUCAUACCAGGACCAGAGAGUCUGUCCAAACAACAGUACUGGUAUUCAGAUCCAAAAGGUGACCCGAGACACGAGGCAGCGUCUCCCCAACAUGCAAGAUGUCUAUGAACUGCUUGAAAACUCCCACCUAACUCCAAAUAAGCAGGGCCAAGCCUCAGAGGGGUAUAAGCAAACAGCUCUGUAAGCUGACCCCACACUCUUCACGGUGGUAAGGGACUUACAAGGGGCUGUCUUCUUGAACAGACAUUCCAGUUCCAUGACACAGGAGCACAUUGCUGACUUAACCCUCGUGCAGAUGAUGUUUCAUGGGUCCAGAGUUCAUCUCUAGAGAGCAUUACCUGCAAGAAGGAAGAGAAGCUAUCAGGAUAGCUUAAUCCCAGGUGACAUGAAGAUAAUCUGCUCAGUAGAGGACCUGCUUGAUGCUAUGUUCAGAGAUGACACUGUAUACCACAAUUCAUAAAUAUCAGCUGGACCAUUUCAACAUCUGUCUUCACGCUUUUAUAUGGUAUGCCAUACUAAAGAUUCAGCAAAUGGUCAGUCUUAUUCAUUUAAUUGGUGACUACAAAAAAAAAAAAAAAUGGCCCCUUAUUAGUCCAGUUCAACUCUGUGU